AUGGAAGAUUACGAGAGAGAGUUACUAGCCGAUUUGGGUAGUGAUUUCAGUGAUGAAGAGGAAUCGGAAAAUUUAAACGAAAAUAAUGUAGAACUGAAUACAUUGCAACCAAUAGAACGUAUUUCAUCACAGUAUACAGAGUUGAAGUUCGAGGAUAAAUUAAGACAGUUAUUGAAUGACGAAUACAAUUAUAGUUUACAAGAUAGAUUAGACCAAGUUGAUAUUACCAAUGUUAGUGACAUAACCCAAAUUUCUAAAAUUUUCCCAAUAAUUCCAGAGUUGCAAUCGCAUAUUGAGGUUUAUUCCAGAGAUGACAAUUGUGACUAUUUGGACUUACUAUCAUCAGUAAAUAAUGAGAAUCAGAGUGAAGAAUAUUCAUUUAUAUUGAUGGUUAAUGAAUUGUCGCAGGUUAUCAAUCAGGAAAUUUCACUAGUUCAUUCAUUCAUCAAAUUGCAAUUCAAGGUGGUAUUUUCAGAGCUUGAGACACUCGUAUUAAAUCCGGUAGAUUAUGCAAAUAUUAUUCUUCUAAUCAAACAAGACUUAUCGAAUAUUAAAAGAUAUGAGUCGGAGCUUAUGAGAAUUGUAUCUAAUGAAAAGGUGCUUGUAAUAAUUAUGUCCGCUAUGCAACAUGUUAAGGAUCAAUUUGUCUUAAACGACCAGGAUUUUGAAAUGAUAUCCAAAGCAUGCCGUCUAGUUAUCGACCUUAAUAACGUUUUGAAUCAGUUAUCCGAGUUUAUCUCAUCAAAGUUAUCAAAAUUUGCACCUAACGUAUCUGCAAUAGUAGGUCCUAUAACAACCUCUCAGCUUUUGAUAGCUAGUGGUUCUCUUAGACAAUUAUCGUUAACAGCAUCGUGUAAUCUCCCGUCCUUGGGGGUAAGAGAUUUGUCCUCCCAAAAAACUAACAAAAAUGUACGCCAAACAGGGUAUUUGUAUCAUUGUGAGUUAAUAAAAUAUUUACCUCCUAGUAUUAUUAGGUCGGCAAUGAGGGUUUUAAGUGGAAAAGUAAUACUUGCUGCAAGAAUUGACUUAUCUCAAUCUUGUCCAUCGGGUUCACUUGGACAAAAAUAUUUGGAGGAGGUUACAAAUAAAAUUGAAAAACUAUUAACCCCACCAGAAGCACAGGGAGAUAAAGCAUUACCGGCACCUACUGAACAUAAAUCCAAAAAGCGUGGUGGUAGGAGGUUUAGAAAGAUGAAAGAGCGUUUCCAAAUGUCUGAAUUGCGUAAAGCUCAAAACAAAAUGGAAUUUGGUAAACAGGAAGAGUCUGUGACAGAUAGUUUUGGAGAGGAAGUUGGAUUAGGGAUGAGUAGAGGAGGUGCUGGUAGACUAAAUAUUCAAGCCAAUGCUAAUACGAAUGCAAAAAUGUCUAAAUCGUUGACCAAUAGAUUACAACUGCAAAAAGUAUCAAACAAUACGUUCAAUGACGACUUUGACAGCAUCCUAUUGACCAACAAUGCAAAUAAUUCUCCAACUAUCGUCGAUAAUCAUACACCAAAUGGUUCGAAUAAGAGUAAAUGGUUUACAGGCAUGGUCAAACGGAAAAGAGAGGAAGAUUCGACAGAGCCAUCAGACUCUAAAAAGUUAAAAUUCUAG